CACUACUCGUUAAGAAAUGGUCGAGAACACUCAUUAUACAGGCUUAACUCAAGUUUUCGGUUUUAAUCAGUUUCAGUUACAUCCUGCAGUCAGGCAAGAGCAGAACGUUUUACUUCAAACGUUUAGAAAUUACGCUUACUUGUAUGACAAUGACGUUUUAAAAUUGGAGGCGGAAUUUCAUAAUGAAUUUAGCGUCAUAUGUAAAUAUACUCCCUCUCAAUCAAUUACAGAUGCCCAAUUGAUGUGUAUAAGACAUACGUCAGGAAGACUACAAACAGUCAUAUCUAAAUAUAUUAAGGCACCACCGGCUGCUGAUACAAGACCUAUUAUUGAGCACCCCAGUGAGUCAACAAGUAGUAAAGUUUCAGUUGGAGUAAACAAACUUAAACAUGAAAGAAAAAAACCUUAUUCACGGAGUACACUUCCCACCAAAGCUUUAACUCUUAUGCAAGCCUGGUACGAUCAGAACGCUCAUUACCCUUAUCCAACGGCAGAAGAAAAACAAAGAUUCGCAAUGGAAGGGGGAAUAACGGCUAAACAAGUUAAAUCUUGGUUUUGCAACAAAAGAAAUAGAAUGCAUAAUACUUUGGGAAAGAAUAGGAGUAUAAAAUCACAGCGUAGUCAUUCGUAUGAAGUUCCUAGCCCUGACUCUGGCUACUGUGAGCUAUCGCAAGGUAGUCUCCACAGUUAUGGAGUACAAGAGGAUUCUACAUCAAGUUUCAAUGAAAAUACAACAGCGAAGGGUGAAUCGACUAUCGACUUUUCAGGUUUGCUGGACGGUUACGUAGAGAAAAAAGAAGGUGUCGGCUCUGCCGGCGUGCAAUAA